AUGAACACAUUCGACUCAUCGGCGCCGCCUCCGACAGGUCCCAGCAACUCCGGAGGAUCAAACAACAACCACUCAUCAUCACGCUCGCCCACAGAUUCAGGCCUGUCAUCGUCCCUCGGCAGCACCCGGUCCCACUCAAGCUCCUCAUCCCGAAUCCAUGCACGUAGCCAGAACCCAGUUCAGAGCUCAUACCAAUCCACCGAGUCAACACCAAUCAACGGAGCUGGUCCCGCGGGGCGCAACUAUCAGUCCACAGAGGGAGCACCCGCCUCUCAGCUCAAAGACUUCGGCCUAAAUAAUGCAACCUCUGGAAAUGUCAAUCAACCAGCGAAACCUGUGUCGACUUCCGAGCCCCACCAGUCCUGGUAUAGUCGACUCGCAGAUCGAUACGGCAGCCUCGAGCUAGAGAACAAAGGCAGUGUUGCCCGCGACCACCUUGCCUUGGAACGAACUUUCCUAGCCUGGAUGCGCACCUCCCUAGCGUUCGCCUCAAUCGGAAUCGCAGUAACGCAACUCUUCCGUCUGAACAGCGCCUCCACAAGCACACACGCCAACUUCUUCGACCCAGAAUCCGGCCCACACCCGGGCAUCCUCCCACCUGACCUCGCCUUGGCUGCCUACGAUUCAGCUGCAUUCCACGCCUCCUCUGCUUCCUCUCGUCUUCGUAGUGUGGGUAAACCACUCGGCUCGACUUUCAUCGGCGUCUCGAUCAUUAUCCUUGCUAUCGGCUUCCACCGCUACUUCCAGAGCCAGUAUUGGAUUAUUCGGGGGAAGUUCCCGGCUAGUCGGGGUAGUGUUGCGCUUACGGGGCUUAUAGCUGCUUCACUGAUUAUUGCUACUCUUGCGGUUAUUUUGGCUGUUUCACCGGGGGCUGUUGAGAACUAG